GCCUCCCCCAUGGCCAACUACGAGUAUGACGAGUCCUCCGAGUUGUCCCCGUCCACGAUCUCCUCUGAGUCAUCUGAGGUGUCCGAGGGCUCCAGUGGCGACCUCGCUGACCUGGCUGACGAGGACGAGGUAGAUAAUCUCCAGAGAGAAGCAGAGGAGCUCAGACAGAAACGGAAGAAGCUUGAGUUCGAGGUUAAUGAGAAAUGGAUAGGCCACUACGGCAGCAUCUUCGAGAGCCUGCUCAAAUGCAAGUUCGACGACAUCAAGUUCCCAGUGCACCCAGCCUCCGACGGCGGUUCCAACAAGAAGCUCAGGGUGUUGUCGUUCUGUUCUGGCACUGAGUCUCAGGAAAGUGCUCGCGAUGCGUUGCUACUCGCCCAGUUCUUCGCGCUGAAGACGAUCAUGGACUACCAUGGGGACAAUGUCUGCGUGGAUUUGGUUGCCUCCGUGGACCCUUUCAGGCCAUGUCAUCGCUUCGUUUGGAACAACCUGUCCACUGACGAGCGGGAGCGCGGCCACUAUUACAAUUACGUCUCGGAGUUAAGUGCUGGCGAGGCUUUCUGUUACUUCUGCGACUGUUGCUGCGUUGGGCCUGGUAGGGCGUCUGGGUGCGAAGGGCUGAGCGAUGGGCAAGCAGAGGACCUCGACAUCCUCGUGGCAGGGUUCCCGUGCCCCCCGUUCAGCACGCUGAAUUCGCAUCGCCAAGACAAAGACUUUAAGUUCUGGAACCACCCCGACGGGAACGUUAUCGUUGACAUUGCCCACUGGGUGCAGACUCAGCCGAAGGUUCCCCCCAAAGCGAUCAUUCUGGAGAACGUCCCAGGCGCGGUGGCUGUAUCUCAUAAAGGAAGGCAUAAUCCGCUGGAGUUCCUCAUGAAGGGGUCAGUGAAAAACUACAAGGGCCUCGCUCGCUUCUACUACGGGCUGAAGCACUGGGGCGAGUACGACCUCAUGAAGAGUAACUCUGGCAACGAGUACUUCGAGAUUUCCGCCGGUGAGUUUGGAUUGCCUGUUCAUCGCAAGCGCAUUUUCUUUGUGCUCAUCAGAAAGGACUUGGCCAGCCUAGAAGUCAGGAACUCCAUGGCGAAGCUCAUGAAGGCGGCGACUCAAAACCCCAUGAGGCUAGAAACGCUGAGCGACAUCAUGAUGAGGCACAAUCCCAGCAGCGAAGGCGACAUCGAUCUGAGCGAGGAGCCCCAGCGCAAGGUGAACAAGCACUACAAGAGCAAGAAGGAAGGCGGCACAUGGAGCAUGACCCAGAACAGCAUUUCCGAGAGCAUGGAUUUCAGGGAGAAGCACGGCCUACCUGAGUAUGGUUCUGAUAAGAUGUCCAGCAUCACGCCCCGGCGCGGCAUCCUCCCUGACAGGGAGCGCGACAUCAUCGACGUCAUCGGCUUGAUGCACGAGAAGGCGGGGGGGAUCCCAGAGGACCUGACGAUCGACGUCAGCCAGUCGCUCAGGAGGAAGCCGUUCAACGUCAAUGGGAAAAUCCCCCAGCUGGCCAAAGGGUCCAAGAUCUGGUACCGCGGCAAGAUCUUGGGGCCCAGGACGCUGUUCUACGCCAUGGGCUGGGGCACUUCGCCGCUCGACUUUGGGUCGGACGUGGACCGCAUCCGGGGAGUGUCUUUGAGGGUGCUCCUAGCCAACAUGAUCGCGAAGCCGCAGAUCGGCCUCGUGCAGUUGGCGCUGCUCUACUCCCUGCGCCGCUUCACCCUGGCUCCCAAGGCUGAGCAGGUUGAGGCCUGA